AUGUCCUCCAAGCUUUUCCAGCCGCUGAAGGUCGGCCAGGCGCAGCUAUCUCACCGCGUGGUGAUGGCGCCCCUUACCCGCUUCCGCUUCGACGCCGAUCACACCCCGCUUGAUAUUGCCCUCGAGUACUACACCCAGCGCGCUGCCGUUCCCGGAACCCUCAUUAUUGCUGAGGCCGUCCUCAUCUCCCCUGCCCAUGGCGGUUUCCCCAAUGCGCCGGGAAUCUGGAGUGAGAGUCAGAUCGCCGGAUGGAAGAAGAUCACGGACGCCGUUCACGCUAAGGGCAGCAGCAUGUACUGCCAGCUUAUCGCGCCCGGUCGCGCGGCCGUUUUCCCUGUAUUAGAGAAGGAGGGUGGCUACCCCCUGCUGAGCUCCAGCGCCGUACCCAUUAGUUCCGAGUCGCCCGUUCCCCGGGAGAUGACGGCCGAGGAGAUCGCCGCGGCUGUCCAAGACUUUGCGCAGGCAGGCAAGAACGCGAUUGCGGCUGGCUUUGACGGCAUUGAGGUUCACGGUGCCAACGGAUACUUGGUCGACCAGUUCCUUCAGGACACUUGCAACAAGCGCACGGAUCAGUGGGGCGGAAGCGUCGAAAACCGAGCCAGAUUUCCUGUCGACGUUGCCGCCGCGCUUGUUGAUGCUAUCGGCUCCGACAAGGUCGGCUUCCGCAUCAGCCCCUACAGCAACUUCCAAGGCAUGAGAAUGCAGGACCCUGUGCCCCAGUUCUCGUUCCUGGCUCAGAAGUUGAAGGAGCUGAAGCUCGCUUACCUGCAUGUUAUUGAAUCCCGCGUCAACAACUGGGAAGACAUCGAGAAGGUAGAGGGAAUCGAAUUCAUCCUGGAGAUUUGGGAUAACAUCUCGCCCAUCCUUGUUGCGGGUGGAUUUACCCCCGAGUUAGCACAGCGAGCCGUGGAUGAGGAGUACGCAAAGUGGGAUGUCGCCGUUGUUUUUGGCCGCCACUUCUUGGCGAAUCCGGACUUGCCGUUCCGUAUCAAGCAUGGCUUGCCAUUGAACAAGUACGACAGGCAGACCUUCUACACUCCAUCCAUCCCUCAGGGAUACAUCGACUAUCCUUUCCAUCCCGAUUUCAAGCCCGGCCAGUCCUUGGUCUAA